AUGUCCAAUGGUAACAUCACUAGUGAUCACAUUUCACAUAGACCGUACCUUGACUAUAAGACAAAACCAGAACCUACUCGCCUUGAAAGCAUGGAGGAGAGGUCACGGAUUGAACGUGAAGACAUGUGGGUCGUGUGCAAGUGUGGCCUUGUUGAAGCAGAGCUUUCCUAUCAAGAGACCGAUCAACCAACUUCAGAGUGCAACCACAAAACCCAAAGUAAAGGUAAUUUCCUAUCAAUCCAAUUUAUCAUUCUGCGUGGACAUCCAAACAUAGAUGACGACCUGGCUGAAGUGAUUGACUAUGAAAGAAGGAGCCGGUGCGGGUUGGGCCAUCCCCAUCGACCAACUCCAGUCCAAAUUCCUGGUAAUUUCACCGAGUUUGCUGAUAAGUUAUUUGCUAAUCAUUUCGUAACUUUUGAAGAUGGACCCUUUGCAUCAGCUCUCCAGCACAUGCUCCCAGGACUAGAAAGCACCCAAGUACCCUUCACCGAAAAGGAAACAGCUGUAAUUGAUCAUUCACCACCGCCCAGGAGCGGUUCAAUCAACUCUGCUCUUGGACCAGAGAAGAGACAGCGUCAACUUCAUUCACCAACAACUCGCCACUUGGAAAGCAUCCAUUCUGGAUCUCCUCAAGCUGCUCAUCAAUUUCGCUGCCGUGGCCUACAAAACUCUGCUGGUGGAGCUAGUUACAGAAUCCGUCAAGCUAGAUCUCCGUACCCGAGUCGUAGUCUAAAAAAUCCUCAAGUACCCUCCAUCGAAAAGGAAACAGUUGUAACUGACAACAAUUUUGCAAGACGAAGAAAAGGAUCUCAAUCGCCAACUUGGAGUGGGUUAAAAAGUUCUUUUGGACUUGAGAAGAGACAAGAUCAAAUUCAUUCACCAUCAACUCAAGUACCCUCCACCAAAAUUUUAAUUGCUCAAUUCCCGCCGCCUAGGAGCGGCUUGGAGAACGCUGCUUUUGGACUCGAGAAGACACAGCACGAAAUUCAUUCGCCACCGACUCGCCGCUUGGGAAGCAUGCACCCUCGAGCUGCUCAUCGAUUUCAAUCCUGCGGCCGACAAAACUCUGCUGUUGGAGCUAGUAACAAAACCCGUAAAGCUAGAUCUCCGUACCCCAGUCGUAGUCAACAGAAACCACAAGGGCAAGAUUCAGACUACUCUUCUUUCGGAGCCGAGAGCUCCUCACCGCGCAUCCGGAUUUCUGGAGCAUUCCCUGUUUCACCGCCUUUUCCAGAGCAUGGUAAUGUGUCUGAAUCAUCCUCAGACGAUGCACAAACUGCCGCAGAGACCCAAAGCUGCGCAUUCGGAUCUACAUCACUUAGGCAGGCCUCAGAAAUCGCUCCUCCACCUGUUUUGAUGCCUCGAUCUCAAUCACCACCAUCUAUCCUCGACUUAAAAGACUCUGCUUCUGUACCUGGCAGUGAAAGACCUCGAUUUCCAGCGCUUUGUCACAGCUCCACUCAAAACGAGUUGCUUCCUCCAAAUCAUCUUAAAUUUGGGGUUGAUGUUGAUAAAUUUGACACCGAAGAAAAAAAAGCUGCGCCAUCCACCUCAGACUGCAACUGUAGACUCUCUGCCACACGGUCUAUCUUGGCACGGGGCCUUGACCCUCUCAAACAUUUGCUUAAACAAAAUACAUGUGAUGGACAAAGGUACAAGGAGACUGCAAAACUAUUUAUAAAAAUGUUUGAUGAAGUAACAUCGGUGCAAGAAUGUGGUGAACACGUUCACAAGUGUCCUAAUUCAAUGGGUUGA